ACCGAUGAUUCUACAAAAAUCCUUCCUGAGAACGUUCCACCAAAAACUGAGGCAAAACUUUGGGAUGAACACAAGAAGACAGUUGAAUUUUCCCUUAAUUCAGAUUGCCCCUCAACUGCUGCCAAGCCUGAGAAAUUCUUCAAACUUCAAGAAAAGAACCCAAUUUUCAAUAGGCGAUCACUUAAAAAUACUGGUCCUUCCAUCUUUCUCUACGAUAGUGUCUUUGGCCAAUUUCUCAACGAUUUUGAGAAUCAAUAUGAUGAAAAAUGUAUAUGUGAUGGAGUAGCUAUAAUCAAAGUUUCAAGAUUAUAUAUUGGCUAUCAAUUGUUUCUCAAAGUAAAGAACGAGAUUGGUUCAGGAGGAAGUGAUCCCACUAUUCAAGCCGCCAUUUAUUAUCGAGAUCACUGGGUUCAAUCUAUUUCUAGUCCAGUUCGAGAAUGUUGCUGUGCACUAUCAUUCGUCAUCGCUGUGGCAGGACUAUGGUUAUGUGUCCUUGGAUGUAUAUUUCUAGAAAAAGUAAUUGUUCAGCCAUUGACAGAUCUUAUUUCAUUCACUAUAAACAUGGAAGACUAUAAACAAUUAGAACAGAUUGCUCAGCUUUUUCAAGCGCUGUAUCUUGCUGUUUAUCGCCUUAAAGAUUUCUACAAGAGUUUGAACCUGAUCCCAUCUGAACAGAGGUUCUUUUCAUAUCUUAAUAAGUAUCAAACUGAAAACAACAAAACUAUUUCUUUUACUUAUCUCUAUCAGUUCGAAGGAUCCUUAAAAUUUCUAUGGAAGGCUGAGACAAUUGAUGG